AUGGAGAGCACAGAUUGCAAUAACUCUGAAGAAGCUGUUUUAAUUGAUGAUAAGAUGAGUUCCGAAACUAGUGGUGGUGUGAAUUUUAUUGUCGGUGACGAGGAUGGCGUCGAUCAAGCGCCUACCGAACUCGUCAAUGGAGAUUUAAUGAAAGCUUUAGAAGAAGAGAAACACGAAAAUACUGAUUCUUUUCCUUUAGGUAAAGAAACACGUAUGGGUGUAACAUCAAAUAGCAGCUCUUAUAACAACAUGUUUGGCUUAACGGAAAAGAGGAAACGAUUAAGGUAUCUAAUUUAUUUACUUUCAUUAUGA